UGUUUUAUAAAAAAUAUUUCAAUUUUUACGCGUGACUUGUUUAAUUAAAGUAUGAACGUGGUAAGUUGAUUAUUACUCCAAGUAUUUAUUGCAUUAUUGUCCUGAUACCGAGCGUAAAAUGGCCGACUUAAUUCAGAUUUUUUUGAUCUACAAUAAUCAACUAAUUAACCUCAUUCCAACCUUAUUUAACGUCGUUUAGUAGGAAUACAUAAUUUAAAAUUAUGGCUUUUCAUUGUUUUGAGGAAAAAUCAUUAUGACCUUUAAACGAAUGGCUUUAAUAGCUAUACAUAAAGAUAAAAUUGGAAUAUCUGUUGGUAAUAUUGAAAUAGGCGUUUCUACUACCUGCAUGAAUAUACACAAAUAAUUAACAUUCUUGUCGCUGCGAUCAUUCUAAUAUAACAUUUAAAUAUACCAUAGGUUAAAUACCACGCGAACGAAGUCGCGGGGACAGCUAGUAUUAAAUACGUAUUGAAGUUCUCGCUAAAUGCUCACAGUAUCACCAUCGCCGCGCCAUUCGGUCGCUUUCCAACAAGAUAAGAAGUACAAACACUACAUCAGAGCGAGUGCUUUUAACAGCCGACAUACUUGCAUAUGCAAUGGGAAAAGUCAACGUUGCAGCCUUAAAGAUAAUUAAGAAAUAUUUAUGUUCAUAGAUGCUAGUUAAACAACAAACAAACGCCUUUACGUGGAAAUUGUUACCACACCAUUAGAAUGAAUGUUUUAUUUUCAUUUUAUUUCACAUAACGCGUUAAGUCUCAAUCUUAGCAUAGAUUGUACAUAAAUUACACUAAGAAACAAAACAAAUAAACGAGAUCGAGACACAAACAUUUUUAUUUCUUGGUGGGAAUCGAACUCAUGACCUCCAUUAUAGCAGACAGUCUUACUAACCACUUGACCAACAGAAAAGUCUUAUUACAAUAAUUUAAAAAAAUCCUAAACUUUAAUUUUUUCUAAAAGUAUCUUGAAAAAUCGAAACAAACAAGUAUUUAUACCACAGGGCGGUUAGCGGUUGAUAACAAAACUUUGUUUAAGAGUCCCUCGUCAUCCGAAGGACAAACUAUUUUUGCCCUGACAGGUAGUUCUCUAGGGUUACAUAACGAAUUACUACUUUCCUUUGUUAUCCAAUAACUCCCAAGCGAGCAAUAUUAUUCAACAAAUCUAGAACGUUGAAAGACAAUUAACAUAACAUGUUUUUGUAAUAAUUAUAACAUUUUAACGCGGAAAUGAUCUACAUUAACAAGUCAUUAAUUCGAUGGCCAUCAUAAAGAUUUACAGUUCGUUCUUGUGAAUAUAAAAACUUUAUAACGUUUCUAAUAAAUAAAAAACAAAAGUCCUUCCACCUUUUCUGUGAAAAAUAAUUCGUUAUAACAAACCGGCGCCACGCCUAUACAAGAGCGACUCUUUGCGAUUGCGAGGUUGUUGGGUCGUUGACAUAUUUAUUUUUCAGAGGGCAUUUUUAUCACUGGCCGAUAAGUAUUAGCGCCAUUGUUAUAAGCGCUUGUUGGAAUGAUUUGCUACAAAACACGUAAGUUGUGUCUUGACAAGCUGAGCGUCGCCCACACGGCCGGCGAAUUGAAAUUCUCACAAUAGAAAAAUUCUCAGUACGAGUAGGUACAUGGUCGUGGGCGUUAUACAGACAUUUUAGCGUUACUGAAUGGGGAUUCCGCCCUUGUACACGCGCGGUCUGUAGUAAUUAUAAAACCAUUUGUAUAGACUCGCCGAUUAACGUAGAGAGUAGAGCGCUCGCUUCGCAAAACGAAACAAUUUUUUUUCUCCUACACUUUUAAAUGUAGAUCCGUUUUUAGAUUCAGAAGUGAAUGACUCCUAAAUAAUAUCAGAUCAUUAUUUCGUGUUGAGAAUAAAUAGGUAGGUUUCGUAUUUAUAAGUUCAACUGAGUCUUCUCAGAAUUUGUUUCGGAUUGUAAUUGGAAAACAGAUAGUCCAAAAAUAAAAGGGUAAUAAGUCAUGAGAGUUCAGUUAGACAUUUGAGACUAGUAGAGGCGUGUACGGGGAAACCAUACGUUAGCAUGGAUAAUCUGAUUGUGCAAUUAAGUUCACUUGCUAAUGAAUAAUCAAUGCAUUUGUAUGCAACAUACUUAAAAGAAAAUGUUAGCAUUUUUCUUCAUUGAAUAGUCGAAUAUUAUGUCACUGUACGAAAUAUAAUGAGCCGAGAGAACAGUUCCCACAGAACUGUGACAUGAUGACAUUAUAAGAUUGAGAUAAGAUCCAUUCAGAGACGGAUGUAUGAGAAGACAAUUCGUGGAAGUGUGGCUUUGAAAAUAUGUUGGAAUUGCUAAUUAAAGUAUGAAAUUCUCAAAUAUACAAAUAAAAUAAUUGGGAUAAGGGCAGGGGUGAUGAUGAAUGAUGAUGAUGAUGAUGAUACUAAUUAAAGUAUGACUUGAAUACCUAUACCUUUAUAUAUCUCUUUGGAUGUAAUGACUGGAUAUCCUCUUUUUAACGUUUGCUUCCCGUUUUACCGACACUGUAACCUAUGCUACUACAACACAUCAUACUUAGUAUAUACCUACAUAGUUAAGCACAACGAGACCUUACAUUUUAUGUAAUUCCUUUAACGUCACUCACAUAAACUUAAUAGUCUAUUAUUUACCGAGAAAUCUCGUAUAGAGUUUAGAAUAACUCGAAAUUACGCUCAUAAUUUUUAUUAUACUAGUUUCUUUGAAUUCCUGAGUAAUGAAAACAUGGUCUUUGGUCUUGGAGACAAUAUGGACGUUUCUGAAAAUUCAAACCGUAAGGACUUCGGCUGGUACCUGCGAAUUCUGGGAGCUCCGUUAUCUUUUUCAUCCGAAAUGACAUCGUUAGCGGCCACAACAAAUAAAGAAACAAGGAAAUAUGCACUCGUGGUAUUCUUUCUUAAGAAUUUCAGUUUCGUUGCAUUAUUGUUUAAUUACUUUUUCAAAAUAAUUAUUAACAUUCGCUGUGGCGCGCAUAAUGUCAAAGGGUAAAAAUGAAAGUUUGGCAUUCAUAUCAUACAUUUUAUUUUAAUAUGAAUGCAUCCAGUGAAUUUUAGUCAAAGCCCCAAAGGGUAUAAAACACAACCGAAUAAACCUAAGCGCUAUCACUACCUCAAAUUGGUAUUUCAAAAUAAAACAAAGAUGAAACAAAUUCGUGAAAGCAAUUUAUAAAAACUGUGAAUUUCGGCGAAGCCACAAAAGUGCCUGCAGGUAAAUAGUUAAACACAUCGAACUAAGUUCAAGUUUUCAUAAUUUAUCAACACAAUUCAAAUGGGUUCAACGGAAAAUGAAAAAGCGAAUUGUACUGUCGCCUUUGUUUGAGAGUAGCAAGUGCUGGAACUAAUGUUUUUAUUACCCUGUAAUCAAUAGAAUAGAUCAAAUUGUUGACUGCCAAUACAAACCACUUCUUCUACAGCGGGUCUGCUGGUAGAGACUCUUGUACAUCAUAAUAUAUUUUUUGUUGUGUUAUUUACUAUUUUGUCUGUGACAGAAAAAUUUAUUCUAUUAAUAUUUUAAAUAGUAAUAACGAAAAAAACAACGAGGCUGGCGUAUAUUUUAAAAUACACAUGGAAUUUCCAGAUUCGAGAGCUGCUUAAACCUUAAACAACUCGCUCGCUUAGUGUCACAGGUUAAUUAAUUUACUCUUUUUAUUUCAAAUCAUUAAUUAAUACAUCUACUUUCAAAGAAUAAAUAUUAAAUGGGUCCAAAUGCUCUGUUUUAUUACCCUUUUAAGUGUAAUGCACGAACGGCGCCAGCGUUCAUUACAGGUGAUCUCAGUAUAUCGAGAAAGAAUCUUUAUUGAGAGACAAGAUUUUAUUUCUGAAGAUCGUAAAACCGUCAAAUGUAAUAGACAAUCUCCAGUCCUCAAAAGCCAAAGGGGGCAGGUAUCACAAACAUUAGGUAACUCUCAUUUGAACAGCGCAAAUGUAAAGUAAAUGAGCAUAGCUACAUUUGACAUCACGGUAAGCGUUCGCCGGCAAAUAAUUUAAGCCUCGUUUACACUCAGCCGUUUCACCUGCGACUCGCGCUGCCGGAAAUAUUGCCGCGGCAGCGUUGACGCGAGUGAAUGCUGUUUACACUGAACCCUCAUACUUCUUUUACCGGGCAACUGGCAAUCAUGGCUGACGUUGAGAUUGUUGCGGCGACAGCUGUAUGUCUGCUUAGUGUUAUGAAUUACGUAAACGUUUUAAAAAUAAAUUUAAAAAAAAGACGCUAUCGCCAAAGAAGAUGGUGGAUGAAAAAAAUUCAUCAAAAUCGAACGACGUAAGUACUCACAAUAACUUCCUAUAAGUACAUCAAACACUUCGACGAUAUGAAUGAUGAAUAAUCUUACCUACCUACCUAUGUUUUUGUUACAGAAACAGCAUGAAUACUUUUUUUAUGGAGUUGACUUCCGAAGAUGGCGGCGAGUUUUCUAACUUUUGCAGAAUGUCAUCUUCUGAUUUUGAAUUGUUGUUACAAAAAAUUGGACCUAUGAUUGAAAAACAGCAAACCAGACUGCGAAUGCCCAUACCAGCAAAGAUACGUUUGGCAUUAACAUUACGAUAUUUAGCAACGGGGGAUAGUUAUAAAAGUCUCCACUACUUAUUCAAGGUUUCUACACCAGCCAUUUCGCAAAUUAUUCCUGAAGUAUGUCAAGCUAUCAACUCUGUUCUCAAGGACCAAAUUAAGUUACCACAAUCACCAGCGGAAUGGUUAUCUAUAGAAGCGGGAUUUAGGAGGAAAUUUCCUCGAUGUGUCGGAGCUAUAGAUGGGAAACAUAUUGUAAUUAAAUGUCCACCACACAGUGGCUCACAAUAUUACAACUAUAAGCAUACAUAUAGCAUCAUACUAAUGGCUCUCGUUGACAGUGAAUACCGUUUUAUUUUUGCUGAUAUUGGUGGUCAGGGGCGCAUUAGUGAUGGAGGAAUUUUUCAGACCUGUUUACUCAUGCAAAAAAUUAACACAGGCACUAUAAAUUUGCCACCAGACGCGCCCUUACCCGGAAGAGAAAUUGAUGUACCUUAUGUAUUUCUUUGUGAUGGAGCUUUUGCAAUACAUAAACAUAUAAUGAAACCCUUUCCUGGAGAUCAUCAUUUUAACACAAUGGAACGCACUUUUAAUAACAAACUUUCAAGUUCUCGUAUCAUUGUAGAAAAUGUCUUCGGUAUUUUAACAACUGUCUUUCGAAUAUUUAAAAAACCAAUCGAAAUCGAUAGAGAGAAUGUACCAACAAUAACAAUGACCUGUAUUUUAUUACAUAAUUUUUUAAUAAACAGUAGAACCUCUAGUAACAUUUACGCUCCCCAAGGAACUUUUGAUUCCGUAGCUGACGGAGUAAAUAUUGAUGGCUCUUGGAGACAAAAUCAACCCAACCCAGACAAUUCAGCCCUUAGGCCAAUACCGCGUGUACCAAGACGCGCAUCUAGAGACAUUUAUGAAAUUCGAUCUGAAUUUGCACAUUAUUUUCAUAAUUUGAAUACAGAAAAUAACUAAAUAGUAGUAUUAAGUAAGGUGUAAUAAUCAUCUGAUUAAAAUAAUGUAAUAAUACUUUUAAUAAAAAAAAAUACUA